AUGAGUGCUAAAUACGCGUCGCGCUACGAGGCUGUGUUCCUUUGCACCUAUCCGAGAGGUCCAAAAAUGUCGCAAUUAGCGGCUGCUAAAUACAUGAGAAAGUCGAAAGCAUUUGUACAGAAGUGGAUACAGCGAUAUAAAGUGGCAAAAAAUGUCGAUGAUUUACCAGAACGUGGCUCGAUAGGCAAAGUGAACAAAAAAGACGAAAAAAAAAUAGUGAAUCUGUUUUCGCGGAAUCCUGCUUUAACACUGCGGCAAGGACAAGCAAAAUUAGGCUGGUUUGUCACGAGCAUUAAUGCAUAUCCAACAUAUCCACUACAGCUUAUUAAUCCAUGGAUAAUAAAACCAUUACAAACAUUACCAAAAAUGGUGAAAGCAAAGAAGUCCACUUGUGGCCCAAUUAGCUACAGACGUGAUUACCCUAUUUAUAUUCAUACAGUUGAUUCAUGGUCUCAAUACAAUAAUCCUGAAGAAGGAGUACAACAAGAAGGAGAUAUACAUCGGAGAUCGAGAAAAACUAUUACAACCGAGAAAACUUUACUAUGGCCUAAUGGUAUCGUGAAUUACUACGUUCAUUCAUCCAUAGUUAAUGAACCAAUAAAAUUCGCUAUGCUGGAGACUGCGUUACAAAUAAUAAUGUUGAAAACAUGCAUUAAAUUCGUCCGUAUUGAAGAAUACGCAAAGCUUUCAGCAAAUAGUAGUUGGGUCAAUGUCACAGGUCAUGAUAAGGGUUGUUACUCUGAUAUAGGAUAUAACGUACACGGGCCUACUACUCUAAAUCUAGACAUAAAGGAAUGCUUCCGCACAAUUGGACACUCAAUACACGAAAUGUUACACACUUUAGGUGUAUAUCAUGAGCAUAUGAGACCAGAUCGCAACAAUUACAUCACCAUAAUAUGGGAAAAUAUGAGAAAGGGAGAUGAAUUCAACUUCCAGCUAUUAAAUAAUAGUAUUGUGACUAAUUAUGGAUUACCAUAUGAUUACGAUAGUAUAAUGCAUUAUUCCAUGACAGCAUUUUCUACUGAUCGAUCAUUUCCUACAAUAAUACCUAAGAAUUCUUAUGUGGAGAUUGGUCAAAGAAGUCACUUAUCAUAUUACGAUAUACAAAAAUUGCUAAUUGCUUAUAACUGCACGGCCAGUAUAUAUACUAACAAAUUAAAAAAGAAACCGAACUUGGACAAACUUAAGAAGCUGGAGAAACUUCCUAAAAAAUUACAAGAUACUAGUCGUUGA